AUGUGGACUGGGUUUGUGGUCCUGCUCCAGUCUUUUGGACUCAGACCUCUGCUCUGUGGAGUACAGGGGCCUCCUCCUGUCUGCUCUGUGGUGUACAGGGGCCUCCUCCUGUCUGCUCUGUGGAGUACAGGGGCCUCCUCCUGUCUGCUCUGUGGAGUACAGGGGCCUCCUCCUGUCUGCUCUGUGGUGUACAGGGGCCUCCUCCUGUCUGCUCUGUGGAGUACAGGGGCCUCCUCCUGUCUGCUCUGUGGUGUACAGGGGCCUCCUCCUGUCUGCUCUGUGGUGUACAGGGGCCUCCUCCUGUCUGCUCUGUGGAGUACAGGGGCCCUCCACCUGCUGGAGCUGGUCCUGUCAGUGCAGAGUCUCAGCUGA